CGCCUGGUCAGCUGGUUUUAACCAUUCGCGUAUUAUAGAUCUUCCUCAUGGUAAACCUAUUGCGAGCGACUGGGUAGAUCCCGAUGCCGAUCUCCUAGUGUCUACUUUCAAAUUAAAUUAAUUAAACAUUGGAUAGAACAUCAACGGUCCGCGCGCCGCAUGUGCGCGAAUGUGCAGCUUCACCGGAAAUAUCAUCGACACGGUACGAAGGACCAGAUCGUCUACAGAAGAAGAGACCGAGUUGAAGAAGAAAGAAGAGGGUAGCGACUCAGGAAGGAGAUUGCGCGCGCGCAAUCAGACAGGAAAUGACUAUAUCGUACGCGAGCGAAGUGCCGAACGGCUCCAGCUUUGGCUGCUUCUGGAGGAUUCUAAUCAAAUGGCGUGGCUCUGUUUACAAGCUUAUCUGGCGGGAACUAUUGGCGUACCUGUUCUUCUACUACCUCAUCAAUUUUACAUACCGAUACGUGCUUAAUGAGCAUCAGCGGCAAAUUUUCGAAAAAAUUCGUUACUACUUCGGCAACUCCAGCGAAUCUAUACCUAUGUCAUUCGUCCUGGGAUUUUACGUAAGCCUUGUUGUGAAGAGAUGGUGGGAGCAGUACAAGCUUUUACCCUGGCCGGAUAAUCUGGCCCUCUUCAUCAGCGCCGCCAUUCCUGGAAACGAUGAACGGGGGCGAUUGAUGAGACGCAACAUUGUGAGGUAUGCCGUGCUCGCGUACGUCAUUACACUGCAAAGGAUUUCGCUCCGCGUUAAGAGGCGUUUCCCGACUCUUCAGCAUAUGGUAGAUGUAGGUCUGAUGAUGGAAUCGGAGAAAAAAAUCUUUGAGAUGAUGAACAAGAAGGCGGCCAUGUCUAAAUAUUGGAUGCCGUUGGUCUGGGCGACUAAUAUCAUCAACAGGGCAAGAAAAGAAGCUCUGAUUACUAGCGAUCAUGUAGUACAAACCCUCCUUGUCGAACUCAGCGAUAUCCGGAAGAGGCUUGGUGCAUUGAUUGGUUACGAUACUGUCUGUGUUCCUCUAGUCUACACUCAGGUGGUAACAUUAUCGCUGUACGCCUACUUUUUCUCGGCUUUACUUGGCAGACAAUUCGUCGAACAUUCCAAUGGCACCGGAAAAUAUGAAGAACCGGACAUGUAUUUCCCGUUUUUCACAGCGCUACAGUUUUGUUUUUACAUUGGAUGGUUGAAAGUUGCAGAGGUGUUGAUUAAUCCUUUCGGCGAAGAUGAUGACGACAUCGAACUGAACUGGUUGAUAGAUAGACAUAUCAAGGCAGGUUACAUGAUCGUUGAUGAGAUGCACGAGGAACAUCCGGAGCUCCUGAAAGAUCAAUAUUGGGACGAAGUUGUACCCAAGGACUUGCCAUACACAGUCGCUAGUGAGCAUUUUAUGCAAACGUUAUGCUGGGCACACAGAUUCAUAGUCACGGUCAAUCGUAAAUCUCAUCAGGAUGAUGUGUACGCCGAUUAUGAGAGCGUGGAUACUCCAUUAGUGGAACGAAAGAAGAACGGCUGGUUCCAAAGGCAGAUCACCCGAGUUGGUUCGGUACGUAGUUCCUCAACUACGUAUAGCAGCGGCGGUGGUUUCUUCACACGAAACCGUCACAAUAGCGUGUACAGCAGUCCUGAGACUGGUGGUCUGCCGCAAACGAACAAUCCUAAUCUCAAAAUGUCGCUCUACGAUCGUCUCGUCGGACGAAAGAGCGUUCGAAGCCAGCGUAUGGGUCGUCAAGGUACUAUGACGAAGCUGAACUCGGUGCCAGUAUCUCUGAAGAACAGACCACGCAUACCGACUCCGGAUGUGACGAAGGAGGUAAUCGAUCGUGAACAGAGGUUGGCUUUGUCCGCCGCUAAUGCGGCAAACAUCGGCGCAGGUGUGGUGGGCGUGAUACCAGCAAAUGGUCACUAUCCAACUGAUUUGUCGGUAGUGGUAUUGUCGCCGAUACAGGAGACUGAAAGCUCACCCGCUUCAGGCAAAUCAGGAGCGGCGGCCUUGGCGCAGGCCGUGCUUUCGCCGACGUUGACCAGCGCUGGCCUAAUGACGCCAGUUACCUUAACACCAGUCACUAUGGGCCAUUUGACGCAAUUAGGUUUGAUGACAACGGCGACAACCACAACGCCACAUCUUAAUAAUCAGAGUAACAGCGUCCAGGCGACAUUGACGGAAGUCACGAGCAGUGAAGAGGAAGGUAGCGGAAGCGGUAGCAGCAGGAGCGGAAGUAUCACUGGACAAGAGGAUCGCUCGACACCAUUGAUCGACAAUAAUAACAGUCCGAUGGGUAGCAACGGCAGUUCACCCAUUUUCGAUGGCUACAACGAUCGUUCGCCAAUCUUGAUGAGACCCGAGAAACUGGGCUAUGUAGUCACCGCUGCUGUGCCCGGAAUUCAAACUAAUAGGGCGAUGGCGAUAGAUGCGCGAGGUAGACGAUCGGCCUCGUUGCCUGGUCCACCAGUAUCACCGGCGCAGCUAAGUAACGACAGAAGCAUGUCGUUGCCGCAAUCUCCAGGAUUGCAAUCGAGAGAAAUUCGCAUAGCCUCCGUGUCGAGUAGACAAGACGGUCUUGCCAUAGACAGGCUGAUCACUGGAUCCCACAAUCAAGGCAUUCGAUCGAGGACCAACAGUUUCGGUCAUGAUCUCUCUAGGUCCAAUCAAAGGGGUCAAGAUGCCUCAAGAAAAAUUAGUACCGUCUCGUGUACAAAUGCGUCGCUUUCAAGUAGCACGACAUCCCCGACGUCAUCUACGAGCAUAUCUACCACGACCGUUACUAGUAGCAAGAGAGGUGAAGUUUACGUUUGAUGGACGACAUCGAUAAUACAGACUUUAUUCAUUCAACUAAUUAGACUCAAAUUAGAGAAUACAGUUCUGUUGACGCAUCCUGAGAUUCAUCUUCGUUCAUUAAUACAUCUUAUAUAUGUCACUUCAUGUGACAGAUCUAUUCAUUUCUUGAUUGUCUAGAUUUUU